UUCCACGCAGUGAAGCUGGCUCAAAAUCUGCCAGAGCGCCGAACGCGAAUACCUCAUGGAUCGAGGUAGAGGAUCUCUCUGAGCAACACACUUAGUUGAUAUAGAUGGCGCAUUUCGGCUUCGCAAACUCCUAUUUUUCACAUUCCUUGAGUCUCUUAUUGAGAACGCGUAGCUGAUGGUCCACGUCCAUAUUGCCUUUGUCGAUUGCCGCUACUAUUUUUCGAUUAUGGAAUUGUAAUGGUUCGUGUUGAUCCCGCUCUCUACGCACCGGACUGCGGCAAUUUCGGCAAUUAUACUACUCAUAGUUCAGGAUCAUAGAUAACAGUCGCGCGUUUCUGCGUGAUUUCGUGUAACUGCAAUAUCCUCUAAUAUGACGCGUUAUGCAUAUUACACAUCUCAAGCUUUGAAAUCCAUCACCAGAUAACAUGCAACAAUGGCGUGCUUGCGGGGAAGUGUCAGAAAGCUUACUGAUCAAAGACAUCAUAUGACUAGGUCGCAGACGUAACCAGCAAAGAUAUAAACCGUCCUGCAAUUCUUUCAGUUGCCUAAGAUCACAUCGAGGCUCACAUACAAUUUCUAUAAACCACAUUCGACAACAACUCAGUGACAAGGCAACAUGGCAACAGCAGCUGUUCAAACUCCACAGAUCCCCUCCACAUUCACUCCACAAGCUCUAAACCCUGCCACAUCGACUUCAUCUUCAGCGUCCAGAAAUAAACCUCGGGAUGUAGAAACUACACUUCACUACUACAAGCCCAAUGCCGAUGGUUCGCCUCCACAUCCAACAUACACCGACCGCCCUGAAACAUACCAUCGUCCUUCUGAAGAGCACUCGAUAACGGUCCGUGACGUUCGCGGCCAAGAUGGCGAGUUCACAUUGGAUAAGAAUGGAUUCCAGUUCUAUGGUCAUACAAGUGCCGAGAAAGACUUUGCAGACGACGAACAUAUCAAAGCGGUAUACUACCCCGAGACGGAAGAGCUGUUGAAGAAAGCCACCGGCGCAUCCCGUAUCUUCAUCUUCGACCACACAAUCCGUCGUCAACCUUCUUCCCCACCACCACCUUCCACCUCGACCGCUGACCCCGCUGCUCCACAACUGCGAGGGCCCGUCCAGCGCGUACACAUCGACCAAUCUUACAAAGCCGCCCUCUCGCGCGUGCCUCAUCACCUCCCGGAGGACGCCGAAAAACUGUUGAAAUCUCGCGUGCAGAUCAUCAACGUGUGGCGACCCAUCAAAACCGUGCUUCGCGAUCCGCUAGCUGUCGCCGAAGCGAAUAGCGUCAAUGAUGACAGCUUGGUGGUCACGGAAUUGAUUUACCCGAAUCGGAGGGGUGAAACGUUGGCUGUGAAGUAUGAUGAGGGUCAUCGCUGGUUCUAUAAAUCCCAUCUUACACCUGAGGAAGUGCUGUUCAUCAAGUGCUUCGACUCUAAGCUGGAUGGUCGUGCGAGACGCGUGCCUCACACUGCGUUUGCUGUGCCUGGAACGGAGGGUGAGGAGAAUCGUGAGAGCAUUGAAGUUAGAGCGUUGGUUUUCCAUGAAGAUGAGAGUUUGGAGUAA